AUCCUGUUUCCUGAUCCUGAUCCUGAUCCUGAUCCUGAUCCUGAUCCUGAUCCUGAUGUCCAUUCAAAGACGAGAUGUUUUUAUGAAGUGUCAAAGUGCAGGACGUCUGGAGAUGUUACAGAUUACAUUACAUGUUGUGUAUAUUCGUUCCAUGUGGGUUUGAUGAAUCUGCUCUGCAUUGUGUGUCUGUGUGUGGGUCAGUGCGUGACGUCCGGGUGUGCGUCCGGAGGACCGAGGCCUCGGAGCGAUGCCGGCUGAAGGGAGACGGGUUCCUGCGAGCCGACGUGGACGCUCUGCUGCUCCUGGGGAGGAGCGGGGAGGAGGUGCUCACCUGGCCAUACAGGUACCUGAGACGCUUCGGACGGGACAAGUCCACCUUCUCCUUUGAGGCCGGCCGGCGGUGUGACUCCGGCGAGGGCAGCUUUGAGUUUGAGACCCAACGAGGUAACUUCCUGUUCCAGGCGGUGGAGUCCGCCAUCAACCGGCAGCGGAUCUCCUUCCCUCAGAGACAGACCUCCUACCAGGCCGGUCCUGAGGCCGCUGAGGACCCCCCCCUGGUCCCGAGCAGGACGGCCCCGCUGCCACAACUGCGGGGCCAUGUGCCACAAUCUGCAGCUGCUCAGGGAGUCGAUGACGUCUACAGCAUGGUGAGCCAAACUCCAACCAUACAGAAGAGUCAUCAUCGAGACAAAGACAGCUCCUCCCCUUCGCAUCAGAAACCACAGCAGCGCCUCCAGACCCGACUGGAGCCCCCGGUGGAAAAAAUGCUGACGGGGGUGAAGAGUUUGACCCUGGACACCCGCGGCCACCUGCCCCCUCACAAGAACCAGGUGAAGAUGAUCUCCAGCCUCCCCCUACCCCACGCCGAGCCGGGCCCCCACAAGACCUACUCCCAGAUCGUCCUGCCGGGAGACAGCGCCGUGCCCCCCCCAGCCCCCCCUCCGGUCCCUCCACAGGAUCCGGGCUACUCCCUCCCCUUCGACACCAUUGGCGCGCCCUCGGUGAUCUUAGGUCAGAGAGCGGAGCCCGGCCCCGACCCGCUCUACGACAGCAUCGACGAGAUGAAGAUCAGGAACGUCUUCCCAAGCGGCGACGCCGGGGCGGCUAACAGAAAGCUGGAGCACAUCUACGACGAGCCCGAGAGCUGCGCCGCCCCCGCCGUCCCCGCUUCCUUGUACGACGACCCGGAGGAGGUGAGGGGAGACGCCUGGAGGGUCAUGGGCACGGAGGCUGACCCCAAAGGUCACGAAUACCCGUACAACCCCUGCGUUGAUGACUAUGCCGUGCCCAAACGGGCCAAAAGGGCGCUGCUCGCGGCGCGCAGCACCAACGAAGAAGGGAAGGAAGAAGACGGGGAGGGAGAGCAGGAGGAGGAGAAGGAGGGAGAGGAGGAUUCGCCAUACACCAACGUGAUGGUGAAGAUCCCAUAGAGGAGAUGAGAUCCAGCAUCUGGUCUUCAUUUGCUUCUUCUUCUUCAGCUUGUGUCUUCAUUUAGUCCAAAUGUCCACAUUCCUGUGGCAUGAACCAGAGACCAGAUGCUCCAGCUGCAUUCUCCCUAAUGUCCACCAGGGGGUUGCUCCUCUGUGAGAAGAUGACAAGGACCAAGAUGGUCCCACUGGACAUCCGUCACAGCCUUUAUUCAAGCGCCUUGUGCCUGUUAGCCUGUUAACGUGUUAGCAUCAUUUUCUGGACUCUAGUUUGAUGAUGUAAAGUCUUCCUCUGUCGCUCCUGCAGCUAGAUGUUUAUUUCCUGUAGUAGUAUGAAAUGAUCUUGUACUCACUCAUCAACGUCACUCAUAUCAGCUUCAACCCUUUAAUGUCAGAUGAGAACACAAUUCUUCCGGAUGUCGGAGCGCCUGUGAACGCACCACUGGACUGGUGGAGCAUCAGGCUGCUGUUUGUAUGUUUAUCAGGCACGUCUACACGACUCUUUAAUCUUCAUUAAUUCCUCUUUUGUUCGUUAUUAAAAGGACAUUUUGGAAUACAGAGAGAAAUGCUUUAAGGUUGUUAUAGAAUGAAUGUGAUGGCUUCCAGGAGAAAGCAGCAGGAGUUUACCGUUAAUGUAGCCAAUCAGAAGGAACAAAGAAAUCAUCAUCAUCAUCAUCAGCUCCUUGGCUUUUUAGCUAAUUUUGUUUUCAAAGUGAGCAAUAAAAUAUUAUUCUUCCAA